UCGGUAUCGUGACGCUCUGCAAGCCCGCGAGUACAUUCGUUCCCCCCUCUAGCUUCCCCGUGGUAGCUAGGGAAGUCGAAGCAACAGGACGAAGCCCAAACAGACCGUCCGGUCCGUACAAACUUGCAGCGCGGAUUUUUUUCUUUCCGUAGACUAUCGUGGAACAAGGUUCGAUUAUUAUUGAUAUACUUUAUGCUCCUUCUUAUUGUAACAAAGAAAGAAAAUGGUGACGGUUGAAAGUGAUUUGUUAAUUCGAUCUACUGUGUACUAUCGACUUCAAUAAUUGCGUUAUCGAUGACUAUCGAUUUCAACAUCGAACAGGUGAUGGUACGACUGAAUCGUUUGGUGUAUCGCAGGAUGAAUUAUUAAAUAGUUCGGUACUAGAACGAUGUAACAGAGAAUCGUGAAAUAAUAAUCUAGAAAAAGUGUAAUUUUUUGUCUCAAUGUUUGUUUGGAGUAUCGGAGGAUAUUACUAAAAUUAUUAUAAUUGGAUAUUGGAACAGUUUAACAGAGAAUAUUAACGUAAGAAAAGUUAGUAAUUUCUUAUCUACAAGAAAUAUUUAUAUGUGUCAGUUGAGAAGUGAAGAACAAAUGUAAAAAAUUUUGACAUUGAGAAUUCACGAAGAAAAGGAAAAAAGUGGACUAGGAAAAAAGUGUUUUCCUUCCUACGUUUCUUUAUCUAAAUGUCGACGGUGAAGCCGGUGGAAUGAAAGACGCGCGGAAUUCGACGUUCUCAUUCUCUUUCUCUUUCUUAACCCCUCUCUACUGUCAGCGUAAGUGCAACGAAGUAAGAGUAAUGAGACGAGCGUGAGAGGGAUAAAGGUCGACGCACCUGUUUUGCUUUCGAUCUCAAGUUCGACGGCAGUAGUCUCCCGGGCAGUUAGAUGCAGUGUCGUUGAAACGGUAAUUACAUUGGAGUGAUGUGAAUGCAGUUCUGGUGAUACUCGACGAAAUUUCGAGAGAAGAUGAUCAUGCAAGGAUCGACGAUUGAUCGAGAUGUAAAGAAGUCCAAUGGAAACUGACAUUCUUGUGCUUGCUGUGCUUUGAUACAAAGCCACGAAGACCGGACCGUGCGAGCGGUAACGACGAACGGUUGGGGUAGGUCGUGGAAUCGUGGAAUCGAGUGAAGAUUCUCAUGCACGGCCCGAGCCUGCCUGGAAUCCCAUGGUCGAGAGGAGAGAAGGAGCAUGACGUAGCCGUCGACAAGGGGGGCGCUUCGGAUGCUCCGGACUGCCGACUAGGCUCGUAUGGAGGGGAAGGACGCAAUCACCACGGAAAGCACCCUGCUUCUGAACCUGACCACUGUAGCUACACGAGACACCGACGGAUUCCUCCGAGGAUUCCCCGGCAAAAAUUCGCCCUACACGGUCACGCAGGCAAUACUUAUCGCCCUGGUGCUUGGCAGCAUCAUAGUCGGGACUGUGAUUGGAAACAUUCUGGUCUGCGUUGCCGUGUUCCUCGUUAGGAAGCUGCGAAGGCCUUGCAACUAUCUGCUGGUUAGCCUUGCAGUUAGCGAUCUCUGCGUCGCUCUUCUGGUAAUGCCGAUGGCGUUGCUCUACGAGAUCUCCGGUAAUUGGUCCUUCGGUGCAAUUAUGUGCGACCUUUGGGUUAGCUUCGACGUGCUCAGUUGCACGGCCAGCAUCCUGAACCUCUGCAUGAUCUCCGUGGACCGGUUCUGUGCCAUAACGAAACCGCUGAAGUACGGGGUGAAAAGAACACCGCGACGAAUGAUCGUUUACGUCAGCCUUGUUUGGUUGGGAGCGGCCUGUAUCAGUUUGCCACCAUUGUUGAUUAUGGGAAACGAGCAUACUUACUCCGAGAGUGGGCCGUCUCAUUGCGUUGUUUGCCAGAAUUUCUUCUAUCAAAUUUACGCUACGCUUGGGAGCUUCUACAUACCUCUGCUCGUGAUGAUUCAAGUAUAUUACAAGAUAUUCUGUGCGGCGCGCAGGAUAGUUCUCGAAGAACGGAGAGCGCAAAGCCACUUGGAGGCGCACUGCUACCUCGACAUAGAGCCGACGGUGCAGCAACAUCAGCCAGCAGCUGUGAAUCGUCAAUUAAAUACCGACGUGCAGACUAGCCAUGGAAGUCCGCCCACGAAGCAGCACCGAAGUUCGAGCGCCUCGACGACGGUAAGUAGACCAAUUGAUUCUAGUUGAUAGAUCGCAUCUUGUUCU